AAGUUGUAACAACAGAAGUCGACACCAUACAGGAAGUGAGAAGUUGGUAAUAUAAUAUAAGAUAUAUUGCACUUCUAAAAUAUUAUUAUUUAGUUAUGUCUGUGCCUAGAAAUGGGAGGGAUUCACUUGUUCUAGGAGAAGUAAUUGGAGAUGUUAUGGAUCCUUUUAUUAGGUUUGCAACUCUUAAAGUGUUUUAUGGAAGUAGAGAACUUAUCAAUGCUUGUGAGAUAAGACCCUCUCUUACCGUCAACCCACCCGCGAUUGAGAUUCAGGGUAACGAUCCUAUGUCAGUCUAUUACUAUACAUUGGUGAUGGUGGAUCCUGAUGCUCCUAGCCCCGGCAAUCCAACUGAAAGAGAGUACCUGCAUUGGUUGGUGACUAACAUACCAGCGACUGGAAACAUCAAUGCCGGGCAAGAAAUCGUUGCUUAUGAAAGCCCAAGACCAUCAUUGGGGAUACAUCGGUACGUAUUUGUGUUGUUUCGUCACAUGGAAAUGAAAUCAAUAAGUCAUCCAGGGUGGCGUCAAAACUUCUACACCAGAGAAUUUGCCGAACGUUAUGAUCUCCGCAUGCCCGUCGCCGCCUCGUAUUUCACAUGUCAACGCGAAAGUAACUACAGAGGAAGAAGACGUUGAAGCCUUUCCCUUCGAUCCCAAUGUGUGAAGAACGUACGGUCAUGCAUGUCAAUGCUUCUAACUAAACAAAACCUAUGUAGUAAUUUUGUCCCGUAAUAUGAGGAAGCUAUAUGUAUCAAUAAUCCCUUUUCCCCCGACAGUUAGUAUGAGAUGGGUACGGGUGCGCGCUUGUAGCUGGUUGUCUAACAUUUCCAGAUGGAAUUUGGGUCACCUUAUAAUUUUUUUCGAAUAUGGUUAUUAUGGUAACGAGAGCAACAAAGAUAGCUACAUACCAACGUAACUAUUAUACUAGUAUUGUAUUUUAUGUUUUUAAUUAUGUCUUUCAAAUCUUACAUCAACCUUUUGCGAGGAAUUUGUAAUGAGUAAGAGCUAGCGCUAAGCGUACUAUUUUCACUGUUUCUUAAUACAUGUAAUAUUUUAAUUCUUUGCAUUAUUUUCGAGUUUGACUAUAUAUGUUUCUUUUACGGAUUUUUCAUGAAAUACCCUUCAAUUUUCACGAAAUUCACCAAAUGCCCCUCGACUUUCAAAAAUUCACCAAAUGCCCCCCACCUUUAACAUAACUCCCAAACUACCCUUACACUUAACGGACGUUAAGUCUCCGUUAACAUAACUUUACUGUUUUACCCUUAUUCCAAGUCUUUCUUCUACUUUUAACAGAACAAACUCCUCCCAAAACUCUCUCACUUUCUCUCUCAUCAGCAACAAUGGCACCAUUGAGCAACUGUAGCUUGAGGGUUUGUCAACAACCCACAUAAUAAAAUCAUGAUUUCAUACCACCACCAUUCCAGGCAAACUGAAAUGCAGCUUGGGAUUGCCAAGUUGACGAGCGUCUUCCACCGCAUUUUCCGACCUUCACAUUCACUAACUUUCUCUCUCCUGCAGAAUUAAUGAAACCUCCAAUCUUCUAGAAUCUAAACAAAAUUAAGAAGCCCGUGGAGGAGAAGAAGGCCGCUGCGCCGAGAAAGAUCCGGUUGAGAAGAAGAAGGGAGGAGUAGAAGGGCCUCCGCCACCCUCACCGCCCUCUCUUUCUUUGUCCUCCAAUCACCAAUCGAAAGCUUAAACUAUUAAUCAAUAAUGGCGAUUGCAUCAGUGGCGUUUAAGUCUAGGGAAGACCAUAGGAAGCAGUUUGAAUUAGAGGAAGCUCGUAAAGCUGGGCUUGCGCCAGCUGAGGUUGAUGAAGAUGGAAAAGAGAUUAAUCCUCACAUUCCGCAGUAUAUGUCUUCUUCUCCUUGGUAUCUCAAUUCGAAUAAGCCGAGUUUGAAGCAUCAAAGGAAGUGGAAAUCGGAUCCGAAUUACACCAAAUCGUGGUAUAACAGAGGUGAAAAAGGUUUUCAGGCAUCAAAGAGAUUGAUGUUCCAGACUAUGCACAACCGAGUUCUAAGUGUCUUUUAUUGGUGGAAAGAAAAUAGACCGGUGGUGCUCUAUGUGUCUUUCAAUCCCUCCUAAAAGCAGUGAUUAUUGACAAAACAACUUUUGUAAUUUUGUUGAUUACACCACUUGAUUGAAGAAAGUUAGCCUAA